AUGAAUUCUCCAGCCAUUAUUGCCACCUCUGGUCGUAUUGUCCUUAUACAGGACGACAGUGGAAACACCCAAUACUAUUUAAAUCUUCACAACAACACAGAUAACUGCACGAACGGAUUGCCCGAUUACCGUUUCUAUCCCUACAAUUGCACCAAAUACUUAGGUUGUGAAAAUGGAACACUAGGUGUGUUCGAUUGUCCGAGGAAUCUGUUCUGGAACGAAGAAAUCAAAGCUUGCGACCUAGAGGAGAAAACCGAUUGCUCGCACAUUAUUCCCGCAGUUCCCGAUUGUAAAAAUACAACUCAAAGAUACUUCGCUUGUCCUUACGCUUGCGGCGACUUCUACGAAUGUUACAACAAAACCGCCUAUUUAAUGACCUGUCCGCCUAAAACCUUGUGGAACGAUAAAAUCAAAGAAUGCGACGACGAAAACAAAGUGGAUUGCUCUGAAAUAAUUCCUACUUCUACCAGUAGCAGCCCUACCGAUUCUCCUACCACAGCUCCCACCACAGCUCCCACCACAGCUCCUACCACAGCUCCUACCACCAAUUCUACUGCUGGUAAUGUUACCUCUAGUGAUGUUCCUACUCCAACAACCUCCUCCGCUUCACCUGAACCUACACCACGACCCGGUGUUAUAUGCCUUCCAGGAGUACGUUUCCUUCCUGACCCAAGCAGCUGCAAUAAAUAUUUCGAAUGCUCCAACGGAAUAGCCUAUGAAAUGGCAUGCAACACAGGACUAGAUUGGGACCCAGAUCUAAACACUUGCGUUGGACCAGGAAUGGUUAAUUGCUCGUGGGUUACCACUGAAAAAUAUUCUGCUACUACUAGUUUGUAUUAUCUUUAA